CCUUGCUUGCCUCGUCCUGUUUUUUUCUCUUCGCGUUGUUUCUUUGCUUUUUUUUCGCCGCCGCGAUUUCUUUGGUUUCUUCUUUUUUGACCAAGGCUUGGCCUUGGGGAGUCCCUUUGCGUUUUGCCGUUUCCUUUGCUUCUCCUUCCUCCCACUUAGUUCGUCAUCAUGACGGAGCCUGGCAGAUGGUUGCUUCCACGCCCGUUCCAUGGACGCCCAGAGGAAAGCCUGGCGGCUUACCUGCGAGAUUAUGAUUCCUGCUUGAAGACCAACGGCUACGUCGCCCCUCCAGCCGAGGGAGAAGCAGACCCUAACCGAACUAGACUCGACCAAAUGCGUAUCUUUCUGCUACAACGCGGACUACAGGGACCGGCGGCUCUUGUCCUUGAAUCCUUAUCGGACGAAGACCGUGACGAUCCUGUCAAGCUGCGAGCAGCCUUAGUGGCCCGCUUCGGAGAUAAAGGAAAGGAGGCAGUACGCCAAGCGGAGCUCCAGGCCAGACGAAGGACACCCGGGGUCCCGCUCGACCGUGCACCGGAGUAUACGGCCCUGCCUCCUUCCAACGAGCCCGAUCCAACCGCCACCGUAACGACGGCUGGGGUUUGCCCGGUCAGCACGGCCAUGUAUUGCUCCGGGCUCGAGCAUUCCGGGACCCAGCCAGCAUGAUCUACAGCAUCACCGGACAGGAAGGGACAAGGUACCGAGAAGACUACAACUACAAGCAAACACCGAACCACCGGACCACCAUGACACCUCUCAUUGAGGUCAUGGUCGAGGACGACCUACACAUUUUAUAAACCCUAAUUCAUAAUUCACCAUAGUAAUCCCUAUUCUUUGUAAGGAGUCGUGGUCGACUCCUCCCGUUAGGGGAGGCUGUGUUACGAAAUUCGAUUCGCUUAUUAUUUACAUCCGUUGUUGUUCCUGGUCUCGCUGUCUUGUCUUGUCCGGUGUCAAAUAUGGUCUGCUGUCUGUACGGGAGUGAUGCGGGGUGUGCAGUAUAUGGGUGUGAUGUGUAUGACGUGGUGUAUGUAGUAUAUGCGUUGUCAGAGAGUGUGGAUCUGCUUCUGCCUGAGUGAGUGCGUUUGUCUAACUAGUUGUCGCGCAUGCGUGGAUUAUGUGGAGCAUGCGCUGUGCGAGUCGAGUUCGGGUGUGAGGGAGUGGUGUGAUUCGUCCACGAUGUUGUUGUCUUGGUUCUAGUCACAUGUAUCGUACGUACUGGUCGCUCAUUGGUCGUUUCGAUGUGUUCGCCGUUUCUCUGUUUAUUACUGUUGGUUGUUUAUUAUUUCGUUGUCUUUCUCCCCCGCUCUCUUCGCCAUCAGUUCUGGUUUUGAUAAAGUAUUCUUGGAGCCAACAAAUGA